AUGACAGCCGGGAGCCCCGGAGACUGCGGGGAGGUGCGGAGGAGCCCCGAGGGCCGUGUCUCUCGCCUGGGCCGCCGCCUGGGCCGCCGCCGGCGCCCGCGCUCCCCGCCCGAGCCUCUGCGGGUGCGGGCACGGCUGCGGCUGCGCUCGCCGUCGGGGGCGUUCGCGGCGCUGGGGGCGCUCGUGGUCCUGGUGGGCAUGGGCAUCGCUGUGGCCGGCUACUGGCCGCACCGCGCCGGGGUCCCAGGGCCGCGCGCUGCCAAUGCCAGCGCGCCCCCCCUGAGCGAGCUGCGACGCGAGGGUCGCGGCGCGGGCCGCGGGCACGGCCCGCACGAGCGGCUGCGGCUCCUUGGGCCCGUGGUCAUGGGCGUCGGCCUGUUCGUGUUCAUCUGCGCCAACACGCUGCUCUACGAGAACCGCGACCUGGAGACGCGACGGCUUCGCCAGGGGGUGCUGCGGGCUCAGGCGCUCCGGCCCCCUGACGGCCCCGGCUGGGACUGUGCCCUCCUCCCCAGCCCCGGACCCAGGACUCCCGGAGCCAUAGGCUGCAUAGAGCCAGAAAGUUGGGACCUGUCCCCGCGUCGGGGUACCUCACCCGUCCCAUCAGUGCGGAGUCUGCGUUCAGAGCCUGCUAAUCCUCGCUUGGGGUUACCUGCCCUGCUCAACAGUUACCCGCUGAAGGGCCCGGGGCUGCCCCCACCCUGGGGUCCACGGACCCAGACUGGCCAUGUGAUUAUCACCGUGCAGCCCUCUGGUUCCUGCAUUGAACAUUCCAAGUCUCUGGAUCUGGGCCUCGGGGAGCUCCUGCUUGGGGCCCCAGCGGCUCGAGACUGUGCUCACCGGAGCUGGCCACGGCUGGACCGCCUCAGUCUGGGGAGUUAUGCCAAGUUGGAAGGAGGAGGGGACUUGGGAGCACGGGUUUGAAGAGCAGGGGACAGCCUGCUAGAGGGCUGCAGCAUGGACCGUGGUAACAGGACCAGAAGUCCCAAUGUCUAGUAGAUGCAUCAGUCACUUCCCAGACCGGAGAUGGAUGCUCUGGCCCCAGCAGCUGCUAAGGCAUCCUCACUUGCAUGUCGGCAGAGAAAUGCCAACUGCACAAGGGUUCAAUCAGCUGGAGAGAAUGUUUUCAUGUGGAGUCUGGAGACCAGCAUGACUCGGCCUCAGGAACUCUUUAAGCCUCCAAAAGUGGCCUUAGCCUUGGACAGUACCUGAGGCAGCUGGAGGUCCAGGUCAGGGUGAUUGGGAGAUGCAGCAGGUGUCUCGGCAGAUCCAAAGUGGUGGGCAAGGACCCCUAAGACUUGGAAGGUAGGUUGGGAUGUUACAGGCUGGGCCAGGCUCCCUCCACGGUAGCACCAGUUGUGGGGUUAGGGGAGAUGGGCAACGGGGUAGAGUUAAGACCCUCCACUGCCAUUGGGAUGGGGACUGGGGCGUUAACUCCCACCGCCUCAGCCCCUCUCUGCCCUCAGACAUGGAGGGUACACCCCCUAGGGCUGCACUACUACCAAAGAAGCCUUCCUCCGAGGGUCCGGCCCCUUCCUGAACAGGUCUGAGAAGCCCCCUUCUCUCCUUUGUCAUGGCCUGUGCUGCAAAAUCUCCCCCCAACUGGCAAAAAGCAUCUGCCAGUUCUCCUUUUAUACAGCGUUGAAGCUGCAUUUUGGCCAAUGUGGGUAGCUUAAUUUAGAAAAGAGUCUUUUCUAGGGUCAAAAAUUUGAGUCUCCCUUACCCAUGUGGAACUUUUCCCAGAUUGCUGGUAGGAGAAGAGAACUUUAAAAGUUGAUCAAUUCUCAGAUUCAGUCCUGGUUUUUGGGGGUUUUUUUGUUUGUUUGUUUAGUUUAUUGAAAAAUGCAAUACAAGAAGCAAGACCAAACACAUUAUCUAAACACUACACCAUUUCUCUUACUACAAAAGGCCAAAACAGCAGACCUAAUUAUUGCCUUUUUAAUCUAAGGAUCUUGCCAAUUUGAUUCUGCUGCCAUAGUUCCUAUUUUGUCAAGAAAUGUAAACAACUACUUGACAUGAUUCAUAAUUUUAAAAAAAUUUACAAAGCUCCUUCAUUUUUGUCACCAAAAUAAUACAUUUCAGAGAGAUUUGCAAAAACCACCAGCCUGGGGCUGAGAUCCUGGGCAGAUCUUUCCCACGAGCAUUCCUUGGUGUCAGUCAGGCCAUAGCUCUGGUUCUACUUCCCAGGGCGGUCGGGGCCCCUCCCGCUCAGCUGCCUUGCAGAAUAUGCGAUGGGGGGGCCUGGGCAGGCGGGUGAGGAGGCCCCAAGAGGUCCCUGCACCCAGGUUCUGUGGGCCCUUGGCUUUUCAGGUCCUGCUUGGUGGGCGGGCGGGUGGGUGGGUGGCAGAGACCUCGUGUAGCUUGGAGGAAGUCUUUACUUCUCAAGUGAAAUAAAAAUAAAAUUGCAGUGAGAGUUGUCACUGUGGUGUGUCUGAGUCACUUCAGGAAAACGGCUGCCAAGUCUCUGACCCUGGAAAUGAAGCUCUCUCCUCCCCUCUUCACCAUUUCCACCUGCACAGAAUCUGUUUUUCUUCACACACACACACACACAAAUGCACACACAACUGCAGGAAGAAAAAAAAAUCCAAACAGUUGUCAAACCCCCAGAUCUGUUCCCAGAGCGGGAGGACAGGGGAAGAGUCUUGGAAGGACACCCUCUUCCCAGCUUGUCCAAAUCUGUGGCUUCUCAGUGCUGAAAGGGCAUUUGAGAUCUUCUGGCCCAACUUAGAGUGAAGGAAGCAGAGAGAAGCACGGUGAGCUGGUGACAGAGCCGAGGGGGCGUGCAGGCCCCCGUCAGCGGUGUGGACAGUGAGAACUCAGUGGGCCCGGUUUGUGACGCUCACGCUGUGCCCGCUUCCUCACCCCCACCCUCUUCAUUCCACAGCUGUCCACUGUGGGGGCUGGCUGGUAGGUCUCUCAGCAGGACAACUGGCCACUGGAAAGCGAGCUCCCAUUACAUGCUGUUUGAUGUGAGCUGGAUUCCCAACCUCACCACCACUCCUGGCAGCACGGCUCAGGCUUAGGCACCAACAAGCAAGCCCCACCAUUUCCGACCCUAUGCCCACAGGCCGGAAGCCUGCUCCUGAGACAGGAUGAUCCUUUCCCCCAGGCCUGUCACGCGUCCCACCUGAGCUCUUCCUGUCCCUCUCCAGAGAGAGCUGCCUCGUGGUUAGUAGCAGGCUCACAGAAGUACUAAACGAAAAAUGCACACAUCUGAAAUCAGUUCAAACCAACUGAGUUUGUCUAAAACAAGACUCAGCCAGUCGAGGCUUUGGACACAUGCGGCUGGCUCCCAUUGUGGGGAGCAGAGGUUUUAGACUUUUCUCUUUCGCUCACGGCUCUUGAGCCCCCCGAGACUGCUGUGACCCACCGUCUAUUCUCAUGAAGUCCACCUCUGUCCCACCAUACGAUUCUAAGAACUUCCAGGCAGAUGUGUUUGUGGGAAGCCAGCUGGAAGAUGAGAGAAGCACUAUUGAAUAGAAAUGCCCCCAGAUCUACCAGGAAUGGUGGAAUUGGGCUCAUCAGUCAGUCCCAUUUUCAAAACCAAGCAAAAAAAAAAAAAAAAAAAAAAAAUUAGAAGUAAAAUAAACCCACAACCCACCACAAAAAUCAAGCCUACAACACCCGACAGACCUCAGAUGGUGUGAGUGGGAAUGAGCAGAGCUGGUGUUUGUGCUCCCUGUCGUGUGGGGUUUUGUGGGAAGGAUGGCGCCUAAAAGUCAAUUCCAUUGCUCCAGAAGGAUGUCUGCAGGCAGGUACUGGUCAGGAGAAGAAGGGUCAAGGAACACAACCUCCUCUCUGAGUCACAUUUCCGGUCAUCCCACGAUUAAAGAAAAAGGCCCAGGGUCAGUCACCUGGAAACACUUCUUAGUGGGAUCUGACUGAGGUAAACUCUGCCAUUCCCUGUGUGAAGUGCACAUUCCCAGAACUAGAAAACCUUUUUUUUUUUUUUUUUUAAACUU